GCUCACCGCAACAUGGCGUGGACGAUAAGUAACAUCGUGCGGCCGAAGCCUUGCCAAAUGAAUGACGAAGACUGGAAAAAAUGCCUACUCAUGCUCCGAGGGUACCUGAGGUCCAGCGACCCUUCUGUCAAACUUGACGCGGCCUGGGGUCUGUCCUACGUCAGUGACGGCAACAGUGAAGCCAUCCAGCGAGUCCUGGACCUCAACAUCCUCAAGGACGUAGCUGAAAUGCUCACGAGUACUGACGAAAAAAUCUCCAAAGUUUCACUUAGAAUCGCCGGCAAUGUCGUGUCUGGAAACGACGAACAAACGGACAAGGUUAUAGCCGCCGGGAUCCUGCCAUGUCUGCUCGACAUCCUGAGGCCGGAGAACAAGAAGUCCUCCAGCGAGAGAAGAGAGGCGGCGUGGGCGCUCUCUAACAUCACGGCUGGCAGCAACGAACAGAUACAAAAAGUCUUUGACUCUGGAGCUGUGCCCAUCCUCGUGCAAACCAUGAAAGACGGCACGACACCUUAUGCGGUGUGCAAGGAAGUCGUCUGGUGCCUCGGCAACAGCACCAACGGGGAUCCUGACCAGAUAGAUUUUCUCGUCAGUAAUGGAGUCGUCCAAGUCUUCAUCAACUUCCUCACCGAGCAUUCAGACGUAGCUGGUCCCUUGUUUCCUGUCGUUUUGAAUUUCAUCAGCAAUAUUCUCGAGCAAGCCACGGACGUGGAGACGCUGAGAAGAGAGCUGCAGGAGCACGAAGAAGAUCUCAACAACAUCUUAGACGCAGCAGAGUUACGCGACGUCGCUCCUCAACUCAGAGAGAAAUUAGACGAAUUCUUAAAUGACGUCAGCCCAGAAGAAGAAUAAAAAAGAAACUGAGAGAGAUGCGCUAAUUUUUUUAAGUUUUGUCUUUUUAAAUCCCCCUGAAAUCCUUUCGGCUUCCUUUAGAAACAUGGUUACAUUGUAGCCUCCUGAUUAGAAGAAACACACAGGAGAUAUAAUAUGAAAUGCCUGAAGGCGAAAUCUACACUUUUAAUCUUUCUACUCAAAUCUCAAUUGCACAGAAUGUCCUAAUGUUUACUCGACCAAACUCUUGGAAAAUGAGCAGUUAAUGCGCAAAUAUGCCUUGAUGAAUUUGAUUUCCCAACUCAAAUCAAAUGAUUUCGUUCGUUCAAAUUGUUCAUCAAGUUAGCAUUGUGCUUCAAGAGAAACAGGAAAUUAGUGUCAGGCUGAAUGCUGGGAAACAAUGCAAAAUUCCGUGAUUGAUUUUUGUCCGAAUAUUAAUUUCCGCAAAAAUUAUUGUAAUUUAUGAAGCGCAAUAUAUUCAUUAAGAUGUCCUUUUAUAAAGAUUCCAAACCUCAUCGAGAUAAGUAAGCAAACAUAACUCGCUUAUAAUUGGAACAAACUUGACUCGAACAUUAAUAUCGUUUAGGAGCUAGUGUGUUGUGAAAGCGAAGCCAGUUAAUAUAUAUCCUAAUUUAAAUCAGAGAUACUCGUACGUCGAAAUUUUAAAAAUUGUUCGAUUCUGUUAACUUAUUUUAGAGUGUUUUCAGGACGGUUGAAUUUAGUCAGAUAAGAAAUUAAUUCCGAAAUGUGCCUACAGAUGAAUUCAAUUAAAUCUACUGCUAAAAAUUUUGUAAAAUUUUCAAAUGCAAUAUUGGUUCAAACUUCCAGUAAAAUAAUACUGUUUUUUCCCGUGUUUGAUAAUUGUGCGUAAUAACUUGAACUUAAACUUACAAUCAACAAAAUCGAAGUUAAUCAGUCCUGGAGCAGUACCAUCAAAACUCAGCACGCAGCGGCCUAAGUACACGAAGCUGCAAUUUUACAUCAAUUGUUGUGUUUAUAUAGCUUGAGAGGCCGUCAGUGAUUGGCUGACGGAGUUACGAACUUGUUUCUUAUUUUAAUAGUGCAGCCCCUGGUGAGGGCAAGGACAAGCAGACCUGUUAAGCCUGAAUAGGAAAGGGCCUCUCACAAUAAUUUUUUAUGUGUAUUUAAAAGUUUUCUGGACACAAUUAUUUUAGCGGCUAAAUGCAUUGAUAAAAUACUUGUAUAAAUAAAUGUGCGUGUUUAUUUUGCCGCAAAUGAUCCUCCGUUUCAUCAUUAAAAUAAU